AUGUAUAGAUCUCAAGUCAUCUCUCAAAUCGACAUGAAAGCCGAACUCCGAUCAAAUACCACUUCAAUUUCCUUAUCAAACCAGAGUUCGACCCUCUUCAACUCGCACCAAAAUCCGUUCUCUGGCGCACUCAAAGGUUGCCUAGGUAACCUUGAUGGAGCCUGUAUCGAAAAGCUUCUCCUACACUGCGCAAACGCACUCGAAAACAGUGACAUCAAUUCCGCUCAACAAGUCAUGUGGGUGCUCAACAACGUUGCUUCUACCUCUGGAGACCCUAACCAAAGGCUUGCAUCAUGGUUCUUAAGGGCACUCAUCUCUAGGUCUUCCCGGGUUUGCCCUACACCGAUGAACUUCAAUGGGGGAAGGAGUGCCUUUCAGAGGAGACUAAUGAGUGUGACUGAGUUAGCUGGGUAUGUUGAUCUCAUCCCUUGGCACAGGUUUGGAUUUUGUGCAUCAAAUAGUGCCAUUUUUAAGGCUAUCCAAGGGUGUCCUAAAGUUCAUAUUUUGGACUUUAGCAUCACUCAUUGUAUGCAAUGGCCAACCCUAAUCGAUGCACUUGCUAAGAGGACUGAAGGGCCUCCUAGUCUGCGCAUCUCUGUCCCUUCUUGGAGGCCAUCAGUGCCUCCAUUUCUUAAUGUAUUAACAGAAGAAGUAGGCAUGCGUUUAACAAAUUUCGCCAACUUUAGAAACGUUCCAUUCGAAUUCAACGUGAUUGAAGUUUCUCCUUCCAUGGAAGAAUCUUCCUUCAACUUUAACUACGAGUUUCUUCUAACCCAAACAAAUCUCUUCCAAGACGAUGAGGCGUUGGUGAUUAAUUGCCAAAACUGGUUACGGUAUAUGCCCGAUCAAGCUUCUUCGAAAGAUUCAUUCCUCGAGGUAAUUAAAAGCUUGAAUCCUCAUGUACUAACAAUCGUUGACGAAGAUUCUGAUCUGGGAUCAACAAGUUUAGCAUCAAGAAUCACCACGUGUUUUAAUUUCAUGUGGAUCCCCUUUGAUGCAUUGGAAACUUUCUUGCCAAAAGAUAGUUGUCAACGGAUGGAGUAUGAAGCCGAUAUUGGCCACAAAAUUGAAAACAUUAUCGGGUUCGAAGGGAGACAAAGGAUAGAAAGACUAGAAUCAGGAGCCAAAUUCUCGCAAAGAAUGAGAAAUUUAGGGUUUUACAGUGUACCGUUUGGUGAAGAUACAAUUAGUGAAGUGAAGUUCUUGCUAGAUGAACAUGCAAGUGGUUGGGGAAUGAAGACCGAAGAUGAUAUGAUUGUGCUCACAUGGAAGGGUCAUAACUCGGUCUAUGCCACUGCAUGGUUCCCAUAUGGGUUUGAAGAUUAA